AUGGCAGCCAUGUCCAUACCUCACCUUUCCCUGCCCGUUCUUCUCGUCGCUCUGGUGGUGGCCUAUUCCCUCCAUCGCAUCUACUAUGAAUUGACCACCGGUGCGCGUAGGCGCCGAAUGGUUCGGGACCAUGGGUGCGAGGAGGUCGUGUGGUACCCUCAUGAAGGCAUCAUGGGCAAACUCUUCGGAGUGGACGUGAUCAAGCACAUGGUCAAGUCCGGCCGGGAGGGUCGCAUGCACGAGGCGACUCGGCUUAGAAACUUCAGCAAUGGUCGAAACACUGUCAAAGUGAAGAUGGCCCGAAACACUGUCAUCUCCACCAUCGAACCCGAGAUCGUCAAGACCAUCCUGUCCACCAAAUUCCAGGACUACUCUCUGGGCAAGAGAAGGCGCGAGGUCUUCCUCCCCAUCUUCGGCCACGGCAUCUUCGCCAACGACGGGGCCGCCUGGGAGCGAUCUCGUGCCAUGGUCCGACCCAACUUCACCCGUCAGCAGGUGGCCGACCUCGAAAUGUUUGAAGCACACGUCUCCCAUCUUAUUGAGUCCGUCCCGCGCGAUGGGUCUACCGUCGACUUGCAGGAUUUGUUUUUCGGCCUGACCAUGGAUUCGGCGACCGAGUUCUUGUUUGGCAGAUCGACAAACACCCUGGCACCAGGAUUGGAGACCAAAUCAGCCAACGAGUUUGUCAAGGCAUUUGUCUAUGUCACUGAAGCUUGUGCGAAAAACUUCCGCACCGGAGGUCUGCUGGAGUAUGUCCCCGAUGCGCAGUGGCAGAAGAGCGUGAAGAUCAUCCACGGCUUUGCGGACGAAAUCAUCCAGGAGGCCAUGGAGGAGCUGAAGACCGGGAAGCGGGAUCCCAACAGUCGCUACGUCUUCCUUCACGCGUUGCUCCAGCAGACUCAGGAUCCCUACGCCCUCCGUUCGGAAUUGCUCAACAUCUUGCUCGCGGGCCGCGACACCACUGCGGGCUUAUUGGCCAAUACGUGGCAUGUCUUGUCGAAGCGCCCGGACAUUUGGGCCAAGUUGAAGGCCGAGGUGGAUGAGCUCGGCGGCGAGAAGCCCGACUACGCCUCGAUCAAGGAGAUGAAGUAUCUGAAAUGGACAUUGAACGAGUCCCUCCGGCUGAUGCCAGUGGUGCCCGGCAACAGUCGCGAGGCCAUCCGUGACACCAUCCUCCCUCUUGGUGGAGGAGAGGAUGGUAAAGCGCCGGUGCUGAUCCGGAAGGGCGAAGUAGUGGCAUAUUCACCAUGGUCAAUGCACCGACGUCAGGACUUCUACGGGCCCGAUGCGCUGGAAUUCAAGCCCGAACGAUGGGAGACUCUCCGCCCCGGCUGGGAGUACUUGCCAUUUAAUGGCGGGCCUCGCAUCUGCGUGGGCCAACAAUACGCCUUGAUGGAAGCGUCCUAUGCCACCAUCAGAUUGAUCCAGACUUUCCCCCGGAUCGAGAGCCGAGACGACAGGGAGUGGCGCGAGUGGCUGACGGUGACGCUGGCCAGCGGCGGCGGUACCAAGGUCGCGCUUUUCGAGAAAUAA